GCGAACAGUGCAGUUCGGGUCGCUACGGUCCGCCCGAAAGGCAGACCACACCUCAUCACUCGGUCACUUCAUUUCUGGAUAUUCUUAUUUGCUCCGUCCCGGAAAUUCUACGCCCUCGACUUUGAGAUCAAGUCACUUUCCGGGUGUAUACCCUUAAUCUCCACUCUUCCAUCUCAUUCUCAGCUUUUUGCAAGGCCAAUUGGGUUCGUUGACAUUGCAAUCCGGCCGUACCCGAGGCUUUUCUUCUCCCGCGACUUGCUAACCCGACAAUCACGAAAAGCUGUUUUAUCCCCCGCCAUGCUGUACCGCAACGCCGUCGCCCGCUCCGCGCUCCGGGCUAUCCAGAGCUCCAAUGCCUCCGUGGCUCGCUCUACCCUGGGCAACCAGAUCUUCAAGGCCCAGAUGACCUCGUCUGCCCGCAAUGCGAUCCGUCCUUCCGUCUCGUCCAGCUUCGCGAUUGCUACUCGCAAGCCCGUUACCACCGCUCUCGUGCGCUACUCUUCUUCUUCCGCCAAGGAUGAUGACGAUAUCGAUGUGAUGGCUGGCAUGCGGUCCGAGGCGAAAGUUAUCAAGGAGACUUUCAGCCUGAACGGCGUCCCCAAGGAGGCUCUCUACCUGGGUAUGGCCGGUGUUGUUCCCUACUUGGCCACCUCUCUGCAGACUGUCUACCUCUCCUACGAGAUCAACCGCGCUGCCGCUCUUGGUGAUGGUCUGGUGUUCUCCGGUGAGACCGCUGAGUUGAUGCUCCACAUGCUCGAGCACGUCCAGGUUGGCUACGGUGCCGUGAUUCUCUCUUUCCUCGGUGCUGUGCACUGGGGUCUUGAGUGGGCUGGCUACGGCGGCAAGUUCGGCUACCGCCGUUACGCCGCCGGUGUCAUUGCCCCCGCUGUGGCCUGGCCCACUCUGCUGUUCCCCGUCGAGUACGCUCUGAUCAGUCAGUUCCUCGCUUUCACCUUCCUGUACUACAAUGAUGCUCGCGCCGCUGCCGCAGGCCGUGCCCCCCACUGGUACGGCAUGUACCGCUUCGUCCUGACCUUCGUUGUCGGUGCCUCCAUCGUGGCUACCCUGAUCGGCCGUGAGCAGGUCCAGCAGACCAUUGCCACCGAGCACAGCAUCAAGGACAAGAUCAAUGCUUUGCUCUUCCUGCAGAAGAAGGAAAAGGAGGAGGCCAAUGCUCGCCGCCGUGGCGAGAUCGAGGAGUCCGAGUAA